GACAGCCUACUGUUACUGGAAGAGCCCUAGUGAGGGAGGAGCCUAACUAGAACACAUGACGAGUAGAGAGUACAAAAACACACACACCCGCACGGAGAGAGAGAGACACAGAAAGUUAACUAGCAGCACAAACACUAACUCGCUGAACUUUAGACGACACAGAAGAUUACUACUGCUACUACAGCAACUCUCCAACAUAAUAAAGCUAAGGUUCUCAUCGAUCUGCUUCACCGCCGUAUUCCUGGCAUCCGAAGGUUUGCGCUGAGCGCCAUGGUAACACACAGCAAGUUCGACAUCGCAAUGAGCGGCAGCCCGUUUGAGGUGAGCACGCGGCUGCAGCCUCACCGUUACAAGACCUUCAGCUCCAAGCUUCAGUAUCAGAUGGUCCAGCGCGCCGUUCGGAAGCUCCAGGAGAGCGGCUUCUACUGGGGCUCCAUCAGCGGCAAAGAGGCCAAUCAUGAGCUGAAUGCAGAACCCAGCGGCACCUUCCUGGUCAGAGACAGCUCGGACAAGCGGCACUUUUUCACGCUCAGCGUCAAGACCGAGUCGGGCACGAAGAACCUGCGGGUGCAGUGCGACAACAAGUCCUUCUUCCUCCAGACGGACUCUAAGAGCACACAGUCCGUGCCUCGCUUCGACUGCGUGCUCAAGCUAAUCCAUCACUACAUGCCCUCUUCGAGAAGCAUGCUGUCCAUGGGAAACUCUCGAAGCGCGUACUACAUUUACUCAGGAGGGGAGAAGAUCCCUCUUGAGCUAUCCAGGCCCUUGCCUUGCACUAUGUCGUCCCUGCAGCAUCUGUGCAGGAAGACUGUAAACGGACAUAUCGACAUUUCUGGUAAAAGAGAUCAGCUGCCCCAACAGCUGAAGGAGUUCUUACAGGAGUACGACGCUCCUAUCUGAAGAAGUGCUGGGAAUUUGAUGGACUUGCACUGAGAUGUGAAGCGUACGGUAGCUAAAGAUGUCAAGGAGAUGCACUGCGAUUCAAGUAAGACAUUGGUGGAGUUAGUGAACGGUUAACUGUACCAUGCUCAUGUAACUGUGUGUUCACGCCAGCGAAUGGCUCGAUGAAUGGACAUUUGUACUGUUUUUUUUUUUUUUUUUUGCCUUUACCGGUGCCAGUAAAACAAACCCAUAACUGCCUCUCUGCACUGCCCCGGAUCUGUGAGUUCAGCCAAGCAGUGAAACAGCAAAAGCCAUUUAACAGAAACCAGCCUCCACCUUCUUCCAAGUAAACAAUUGUGCCUUUCAGGGGAAAAAGGAAGAAGUGAGUAACACGCGUAGCACCUUAACAGAGCUGUUGAGAAACGACAAAACAGUUCAAACAUGCAAAGAAGAUGAUUCUUACAUACAUUACUGUAUGUCAACAAUCUACUUGAACACUUUGAAUGAAAAAAGCCGUCUAUUUUAUGACUGAAUUGUUUGUGCUUGUGUUUAUAAAGAGCAGUUCAUAAGAGAGACUGCUUGCAAGUGAAUGUAUUAACAUACAUGGGCUUUUUCUUAACACCCGUGUUUCUUCAACAACACAUUGUUUACAUUUAUGUGAAGAUGAAAUUGGAAUUUUAUCUUUUGUCUUGACAUAUUUAUAUUUAUAAAACAUUUCAAUAACUUAUUAAAGAGCACUAUUUUUGUAAAAAUAAA